CUGGCAUUGAGCCAACAUGGCUUCCUUUCCGUGUAAACAACAACAGCAUCAAGUAAACGGGGUUUGAGUGUAGGCCUAUUACCUCGCAUUUGGUCCGUCUCUUGGAUUUCGCAAAUAAUAUGCAACUACAAAUAGUUAUGUAACCUACAACGAUGUGCCGAAGGUGUUUCUACCCUUCGUACAUCAGCCGAUAUCUCAAAGUGCUGUACAGAAACCCAGCCUAAAACCCCAAACAGCAAGCAAUGCAAUGCGGGUGUAGAAGCACGAUUAUUGUCCUUCAGACAACUCAACAUCCUCCUCUCCGCUGGGUAGCUCAAUAGCCAUGUCAUCGCAUCAGCCCACCAGUUCAGCCUCCAACAGUCCCACCAGCACCUUUGGCUCGCCUUUCUCAGUCAUCAGCCCCUCACUGGGCUCCCCUGGUGUGGCACCCUCCAUGGGUUAUGGGCCUAUUAGCAGUAGCCAGAUCAACUCUACAAUGGGGAUGCACUCAAUCAGCAGCUCGGAUGAUGUCAAACCCCCGUUUGGCUUGAGGCCUAUGUCUGCACACAGCCCUGGGAUAAUGCUCUCCCAGAAACGCAUGUGUGCCAUCUGUGGAGACCGCUCCUCUGGUAAGCACUAUGGUGUGUACAGCUGUGAAGGUUGCAAGGGCUUCUUCAAACGCACAGUGCGCAAGGACCUGAGCUACACCUGCAGGGAUAACAAAGAAUGCCUGGUGGACAAGCGCCAGCGCAAUCGCUGCCAGUACUGUCGCUACCAGAAGUGUCUGGCUAUGGGCAUGAAGAGGGAAGUGGUCCAAGAUGAACGUCAGAAAUCAGUCCAGGAGGAGCGUCAGAGGAUCAGGGAGCGAGAGGAGGGACUGGAGUGCAGCAGUGCUGUGAACGAGGAGAUGCCCGUGGAGAAGAUCUUGGAGGCAGAGACGUCCGUGGAGCAGAGGGCGGAGCUCCACUCUGAUACAGGCUCCGCUGGUAGCUCUCCCCAUGAUGCGGUGACAAACAUCUGCCAGACCGCAGACAAGCAGCUGUUUGCGUUGGUGGAGUGGGCCAAGAGGAUCCCUCACUUCUCUGAGCUGCCCCUGGACGACCAGGUCAUCCUCCUGCGUGCAGGGUGGAAUGAACUUCUGAUCGCCUCCUUCUCACACCGCUCCAUCGCUGUGAAGGACGGGGUCCUGCUGGCCAAUGAGCUACACCGGGACAACGCACACAGUGCAGGGGUGGCGGCCAUCUUUGACAGGGAGAGUGUGCAGAGUGCUGAGGUGGGAGCCAUAUUUGACCGGGUUCUCACUGAGCUGGUCAGUAAGAUGAGAGACAUGCAGAUGGACAAGACAGAGCUGGGCUGCCUCCGAGCCAUCGUCCUCUUCAACCCAGACGCUAAAGGUCUGUCCAACACCGGAGAGGUGGAGCUCCUGAGAGAGAAGGUCUAUGCGUCACUGGAAGCCUACUGCAAGCAGAAAUACCCCGAGCAGCAGGGAAGGUUUGCUAAGCUCCUCCUCAGGCUGCCAGCACUGCGUUCUAUUGGCUUGAAGUGUUUGGAGCACCUGUUCUUCUUCAAGCUGAUUGGUGACACCCCUAUCGACACGUUCCUCAUGGAAAUGCUUGAAGCACCUCAUCAGUUGGCAUAGAGGUGGUAGAAGAGGAGAGGAGAGGUGUUCUGUGGCCGGGGUUAGAUAGCUUGGGUCUGGGAAUUUGCUGGAGUGGGACUGCACUUUUAGUUCUUUGGGGAAUUCAGCAUUUUGUCUCUGCUGUCUGGGUUAUGCUAUUUAGUUCACCACCACAUUGUCUCUUUCAGAACAUACAUCCCCAAGACUUGUGAUCUACAGGCUGGUGCUAUAUAUUAAUAUAACUUCUUGAAUAACUGAGAUUAAAAAGUAAAGUAUUUUGUAAGAAUGGGAACCUUUAGUUCCCGCACUCUGGCUAAUCGAAGCUACAAUCUGGGUUUUUGUUUUUCUAUAACUAUAUUAAUGCUUUUUAGACAAACCCCAAAUGAUCAAGUUAAGUGAUAAGUGAUCUCCCCCCGUAACCUGUUUUUAAAUGAAGGUAACCUGGAUGCAACCAGACUGUCAUUCUACCUUUUUUUUCAUUUUUUAAAUUGGAACAAAAUCUUUUGAAAAAACUUGAAAAACAUGUUUUAUUGUCAAAUCUUGGGCAAGUACAUUACUGUACCAAGCGAGCGCUCACUGUGUAACAGGUCUGACUUUCAGCUCCUAGUGGUUUUGUAUCCCUCUCAGAUGACCAGAAAGCAACCCGUUAACAAUAAACCCGGGAUACAGAAGGAGUAGUUGAAUCACAAGGGAACACGGAGCAGACUUGUACUGACUGUGUUGACCAGCUUUAUUUGUCUAGUAAUGUGCUGUUAGCAUUGUUUCUCUUUGCUGUUUUGUAAAAUGUAAUCACCUUGCAGGCAAAAAGGAUUGAGCUGCAUUGCACAUUUUUGCUAUGUACUAUUUCUACACCAUACAAUACAAGUCAUCAAAUGUCUGGCCAGAAAACAGUCUUUUGGUGCUGAUAUACGACAGACAUUUGCCAUACUUCAUUGCAGCCAUACACCAAACUGCAAACACAAAAAAUUAUGCAAAAAAAUUAAGACUAACUCAAAUGUUGUAAAUGUAGCACUACAAAAAUGAAUACAUAUGCUUUCUUUCUGCUUGACAACUUGUCCGUUCUGGGGGUUUUACAAAGUCAAUCAUUCUGUUAGAAAGGGAAUACUCCAAUAUGUCAUUUAUCUAAACAAUUGUAAGGUACUGUGCAAAAUUUGUUCAGGGAAAAUACUAUAUAUUGAUAGGUUUGAAUAAUGAGAUCAGGAGACAGACACAUGAUGUAAUAAUUGAUAUGUGCCCUUGCUAUUAGUUCACCAAUUGUAUAGAGCAGAUCAUGUCUGAGGUUGUACUGGAUUCCCUAAAGCACUGUUUCUACCUGGUUACAACAUCAUGUAUCCUUUGUCUUGAUCAUGUCCACAUUCUGAUUGUGCCCACAUUUUCAGACCGGUGUAGAUGAUUUAAAAAAGGCAUUGUGACCAGAUCUUCCUGACCACCCCGGAGGUAGUUAGACACACAUUGUGACCAGAUCUUCCUGACCACCCCGGAGGUAGUUAGACACACAUUGUGACCAGAUCUUCCUGACCACCCCGGAGGUAGUUAGACACACAUUGUGACCAGAUCUUCCUGACCACCCCGAAGGUAGUUAGACACACAUUGUGACCAGAUCUUCCUGACCACCCCGGAGGUAGUUAGACACACAUUGUGACCAGAUCUUCCUGACCACCCCGGAGGUAGUUAGACACACAUUGUGUCUGGAUAUCUUACAAGUGUAGACAUAUGGACAGUGAAUCCAUUUAAAUCACAAUUAUAACACCUUCUAAAAUAUUGACAUUUAGCACCUUUGUCUUAUGGCAUCAAUGUGUGUCUUAAAAUAAGUAAAUGUAUAUUAUUUUGAAAGAAUAGCUCUCAAAACAUUUGCAUACAGGGAGGGACCAGGAAAUCUGGUCACAAUGCAAUUGGUGGACAGAUACAAGACACAUUUUACUACCAUGUGGAGACAUGUUUCUGAGAAUGUGGACAAGAUCAGAACAAAGGACUGGGGUUUGAACCAGGUAUAAACAAGGAUUCACACAUUCAGCUGACUCAUCUUUUUGAAUUUUUCUGUGCUUUUCUGUAGUAGUAGUUUUUCCUGUUUCCUUUUUUUGAGCUAGUUGUUCAUCCUCUCCUCUCUGCUUACAGUUUAUAAAAAACACAAACUGUUAUCAUGUUUAAAUAUCCAUAACACCUGUGGACAUAGACGCAUUAAACAAGACCAAAUAGGAGUUUUGUGUGCUGAUCAUGUGUGAACACCUGAACAAGGGUAUUGGUAUGUGUCAUGAUCCUGUAUAGACUCUGGAGCAGUUUAGUGAUCCGUGUGGAUAAGUGAAUUACAGCUUGGCUAAUGUGGACUGAAAAUAAAGAGGUUCAACUUUUCUUGUC